AUGUCCCUCGCCUCGCUCGUCCCGGAUACUCGGGUUGACCCAGCUCUUCUCCCACCGCUCUUGCCGUGGACCCUGCGCUUUAACGCUCUCUACCCGUACUGCGACAUCUUCUCCCACAUCGUACCGACCCAAUAUGGCCCGCCUGCCUGGACCGCCGAGCUCGAGGCUUAUUGGCAGACGUUCGACGUCGCCGUAUGGGACCACCUCAGGAAGGAUCACUUUCGCGACAAUUUUGCAAUCAUGGGCAUGCGGGGGAAGCUCGGCAGCUUGGAGGGGGCGCAGCUGGCUCGGGAAUCGCCGGACAGUCCCUCGCGUGCCGACAUCGAGGACGCCAUCCAGCUUCUGAACCGCCAUAUCGGCGUCUCCGAUUACGACUUCUUGGAUUCCAAACUCGAGCAAUCGGCUUUCCCGCCGCCGAAAGCAGCGCCAUUCUCUCUCUGGCCGGUCCCCUUAGAUCCGAGUUUAUCCUUCAACCCGAGUCGCGAGACGUUGAUCUGCUUGGCAACCGGCGAUAUCGACUGGGACGAGUACGCUUUGCCGGACCGCCCGACACCCGACUCGGAAGCAGCGAGGCGGCGAUUCGAGCCAACGGCAGCGGAGGUGCUGGAAGACGCAGACGACUCGGCUGAAUCGGGAUGGGCGGAGGCAACGAUGGACGAUGCGACGGCCUCAACUUCCGCUUCUUCGCUCGCCAUCUUCCUCACCGGUUGUCCUGAAUUCUCGGUCUGGUCGUCGAGCUUCCUGCGUUGA